AUGACAGACGUUUCGACAGGUAUUCACGAGCCAUUUGAUUUGAUCCGCUUAUCUUUGAGUGAGAGGGUCCUCGUUAAGCUGCGUGGCGACCGUGAAAUGCGGGGCAUCUUGCAUGCGUACGACGGCCACAUGAACUUGAUUCUAGGCGAUGUUGAAGAGACUAUUUACGACAUGCAAGUAUCUGAAGACACAGGUGCUGAGUCUAUUCAGGUUUGUUUAUUUUUUCUGCUUGUAUGGGACUCUAACAUGUCGUGA